CCGAAUCCUAAAAUAACACGUUUUGCCGUUGCCGGUGCCAUGUUUGUUCUUUGCAGGGGGAAUUGCUGCAAACAAAGUUGAAAUGAGAUGCUGUCCAAGGGAAAAACAGUUAUAUAUAAAGUACUGUCUCAGUAUGUUGAUUGGUCAGAAGGUUAGAUAAUGUGAGAAGGCUGCAAAAUUGUUCUCCUUCAACUGUUGAAGAAGAAUCGCAUGGCCAGUUGAUGUGCAACUCUACACAUUUGCAAGGAAAAAGAUUAAUUUGGGCAUAAGUAUGGCAGAUCAGCAAAUUCCCCAUAAAGCUAAUGCCCAGAGGAAAACUGGACUAGGAGGUGGAGCCAAAGGUGGCAAAAAAAGGAAAGGUUCUAGGAACAGAUUGCCUUCCCUCUCUGACAAUGAUUCUUCAGCAUCAUCAAGUUCAACAGCUACAAUAGUAGCAUGUAGCAAACAAUCUGAAAGGCAACCCAAGCCAAGAGCUAGGAGUGGAAUGAGAGUUGAGCUGGAACGCCUGCUUCAAAAGUAUAGCAAAAAUAUCAUUAGGAAUGCAAACAAUGAACAGUUAUGCAAAGCCCUUUUAGAAAAAGGUGUAAUUGACGAGAAAGAUGUGAAAGAAGUAGAAUACAGCCCAGAAGCUACGUGCAUGGAAAAGAAUGAAGUUUUGCUCACUUUACUCACACAGAAAAAUGAUCAAGCAUUUAAUGCUCUUUGUGAGGCAUUACGACAGAGUGGGCUUGCUGAUACUGGACAACAAAUGGAAGAAGAGAGUGCUUCCAUUCCAAUGGUUUGGAGUCCACCGGAAAACACUACUGUAUCUUCAUCAAUGAGAGUAGGCGAUUCAAUGAUUCCUCCAUUGGCAGCAGAACGGACAUCCACACUGAUAACAGGGUCUACACCCAGUAAAGAAAAAUGUGUGACCAAUGUGAUAAAGAUUACAAACAGCAGUGUUAAUGUGGUUAUUGGAGAUCAGAACCAGCAGAAUAUAGUACACCCAGCAAAACAAAGCAGCAGGAAAUUCAUCAGCAUAGAUGAAAAAGCUAAAACCAAGGAACAAAAAGCAGUAGAAUUUCUUAAUGGAUUGUUCAACCCUUUUAACUACAAUAUUACCUAUUCCAAGCCCUAUGAAAAGAUAGUGGAUGCAGUCCGUCAGAAAGGGGGCUUCAAACAGUUCGGGGUAGGCCCCCUUCAAAGAUUUUUAGACAAAAGUCCCUGUUUUGAUUUGAGGAAAAAUUCAAAGGGUAAAGUUGAACAAGUGGUCAGCUUGCCUAUUUCAGAUACUAAAAAUGAAGAUCUGAAAGAAGAGUCAUGCUUUGAUGAUGCAGCAUUAUGUUCUGAUUCUGAUCUCUCUGAAUUGGAGUCUUUUGUCACCUGUCCAAGUGAUGUGACUUCUAGGGACAACACUCCUUUACAUUUUCUUUCUUCUUCAAAGGGAUUUCCCCAGAGAAUUGAUUCUGAGAUCAUGCUUGUAGGAUCAGAAAACUGGCAAAAGAUACAGAGGAAAAAACGUGAUAACAAGACUUUAGGUACUCAGUUCCCAACACUAAAACAAUCAACUGAAAAUGACCAAGUAUAUGAAACAGAAAUGUCCAACAAAAUUUUUGAGUCUUUGUGCCUGAACAGUUCUGCCUCUGAACAUCUUGAAUUUAAACCUUCUGAUGAAGUAUACUUCUGUAGAGAUAAGGGGAAGGCUUCUUUUAUGGAGGACAUUGUGUCUUUUUGGAAUACACCAGGCAGAGAAGGCAAUGCCUACAUAAUAAUUGGAAUAGAAAAGUGUUCUCAUCCACCCCAUAAGCUGAUUGGAAUCGGUGAUGGUAGAAUAGAUGCAGAUUAUCAAAAUUUGUUCCUUGAUGAGUUCUUCACUUCUCGGCCGAAGUUUCGGUACAUUCAACAUGAGUACGAUAAAAUGUUGUUCGGAAUAGUUAUCAUUUCUCCUUCACAAGGAAUGGAGAAACCUUGUGUGGCAGAGCAGUGGCAUAGGGAAGCUAGUUGGAAUAUAGGGGAAAUUUGGGUUAGACGUGGUACAUCAAAUCAAAUACUACCUGUGAAACACCAUGACAGUGUGUACAAAUGGUUUCAAAAACCUACACCCUAUAGUGAGGUUGUUAAAGGUCGAGGUAAACCACAUUCAUUGAGAAAUAAUGCACUGCAGAAGUUUCUGGAUAAGGUUGAUAUGUUCAAAGAUUACCAGCAGUUUUUACUCAUUGUUGGCCAGUGUAAGCAUGAAACAAGACAUUUGCAGGCUUUAACAAGCAUCCCAUGGUUCAAGGUUGUUGAUUUUGAUACCAUGAGUAGGGAAAAUGGUACUUUCAGUGUUUGUGAACCUCUUUUGAAAACAGCAAGGUACUUGGAAAUUUCUACCUGGCAAGAUCAGCCUGGUAACCUUGGGCCAAGGUCAGUUAAUUGGUUCUUCCCAAGAGGGUAUCAUAACUGUCAUGAGAUGCUUGAUGAUCCAAGGUCUUGGAUUAAGAGAGCAGGUCCCAUGGUUGACGAACAUUGCAUUCAGAUUGCUGAGUAUUGCAACAGCAGCAGGGUUUUGACUGCUGUUAUACUAUGGUAUGGGGCUGAUCAGAGUCUUGAAUACCUUAGACGCUUUAUGGCAAAGCUUGAUGAAAAUGUCGACUCUUUGAAAGUUGCAUUCUGUAUUCCAUCUUUACCAGAUGAUCCUGCUGAGCUGAAGUUAAUGUGCAGAGAUCUAGAUAUUGAUCCAAUAUUUAUUUCAUUGGAAAGGAUCUGUUGUGAAAUAGAAAGCAAUUUUGGUUCACAAAUAUCUGAACAGGCAGAAGCCUUUCAAUUGCCUCAUGAAGAUGUUGAAGAAUGUGGCCACCUUCUGACAAUAACACCACAAGAUGCAGCAUGGCUAGAUGCAGAGCUUGAUGUUCUUUACUUGUCCAAAGACAAAAAAAUCUACUUAAAGGGGGGUGAUUCGAAAGAUGGUGAACAGUUUCUGCGUGGAGGCCAGAUAUCUUGGCAUGAGUUGAACAUUGGCUGUUAUGAUGCAAGACGGGAUGUCCUUCCUUAUCUGUUGAAAACUAUAAGAUCUUUUGUUGAGAAAGGAAAGUCUGCUCUCAUAAGUCUAAACCAUGAGCCUGGCUCUGGGGGUACCACACUUGGUAUGAGAGCUCUUUGGGAUUUGCACUGUGAUGAGACGUGUGCUUGUGUCUAUGUGUCAUCUCCCCUGUUGAAUGCAAGCAGUGUGUUCAGUCGCAUUGAGUGGCUUUAUUUGCACACCCAUCUCCCUGUUGUGGUCUUGAUUGAUGGUAAAGAUAUCACACAAAUUCACAAGAUUUUUGAUCUUUGUCUACAGGAGAGGGUGAUUGUUCUCUGUGUGCAGCGUUACAAUCAACCAAUUGACCUCAACUGCAAAAGGAACAGGUCAGAUCAGAUUUGGCUCUCUGGAAAAGUUGCAGUAGAUGAGGCACCAAGAUUUGAUGCAGCUUUUUCAACCUUUUGCAAAGGUACUGAUAAAAGAUCUAAACUCCAAGAGCUUGUCUAUGAGGUGAAAGAAAGGGAAGUCCACUAUGUUUGGGAAUUUGGAAUUACCGUGUAUGCAGAAGAAUAUGUUGGCAUUCAAAGAUAUGUCAAGGGUUAUCUACAAAUUCCCUCUACAGGAGACCUUAAGCCAUGGCAGUAUGUUUUGGGUUUUCUAGCUUUAGCUUACUUCUAUGGCCAUGUUCCUGUCCCUGCUCAGUUCUUUGCCAAACUGCUCAAUGUUUCAGAAUGUGAGCAAGUUACCCUUAACUCUCUGCACAGCCAUUCAGCCAGCCAGUUUAUCAUUGAGGAAAAAAAUUAUUGCUGGAGAAUAAACCAUGUCAUUGUAGCCAAAGAAAUCCUUGAGCAGUUACUUAGUAGAAAACAAGACAGCCAAGGAAGUAGAAAUGAGCGUCUUAGUUUGAAUGCAUGCCAAAAUCUUCAUGAGCUAGCCUUGAAGUUAAUUGAGGAGGCAGGGAAACAGAAGAUGAAAAACAAGUCUGCAAGCCCCGUGGUCAGUAAUAUCAUUAAUAAUACCUUCAUUCAGCGAAACUACAAAGAGCUUUCUCAGGAUGACAACAGAGUCAAAAGAAAAAUGAAACUUUCCCAGUUAUUGUAUGAUAUUCCACGCGAAGAGAAGAAGGAGCUAGUGUUAAAAAAGCUAACAGAAGCCUUCCCAAAAGAUCCUAGCUACUGGGCCCAUCUUGGAAGAUACCAUGGAAUGAAAAACCCUGAAAGCAAAGAAGCAAUCAAGUGUCUUGAUAGAGCCUUAGAACUUAGACAAAAAGAAAUUAAACAGAAAAAAGAACUUGGCAAAAAACAGGACCCAGUAUUGUGCCAGGUUUACCACAUGCAUGGGAUUAUAUUGAAGAAAAGGAUAACAGCAAGAAUAGGGGGUGGCAUGAUUGACGAACAUACCCGUGGUACAUUUAACCCUGGAGAGGAAAAUUUUGAAGCUGUUUUAAAGGAAGUUGUUGGGCUUGCCAAACAAGCUGCAGAGUACUUCAAGAAGUGUCGUGAACAUCAUGCUGAGGGAAUGGAAGAAAGCUAUGGAUACAUUGGAGAAAUCAGCACAUUAUUACAUGUAGUCGAUUUCUUGCAGACACAUGGGAAGCCUGCUGGAUAUUUUGGAUAUAUGAAGCUACCAAAUGUUGAUCCAUAUUUGAAGGAAUUUCUUGAGCCCUGUUUUCCUGAUUGUGAUAGAUUGUUGAGAGAAUGUGAAGAAAGAACAACACAUGACCUUGAAAUGACACAGUCGGGAUCUGAUCAGGCCAAUUUGUCACAUCUGAUUAAUUGGUUCAAUGCUCUUUUUAAAGAUGCAAAUGAAGUGCUCAAAACUUGGCAAGGUGAAGACAGUAUUCAAAACAGACGGACCAAGGUUGCAUUUCUCAUGAUGAAGCACCACUUCCUGUCCAGUCAGAGCACAAGGCACCUAGCAACACUGGAACAGAUCCACUGCAAAGCUGAUGUUUUACACCUUAUCAACCUGUUGAAGCAGAAUUUCAAGGAAGUAAAAGAUCGUUGCUUAGAAAUCAACAUCACAAAUGAUGUGAAGAAAUGGCUAAAAGCUAUAAGGCACCAUCUGUUGCCUGAAAGGGAUGACAGCAUCUCAGAAGUUAUGGAAAUUGUCCGCAUGUGGUAUCAGAUUAGUCCCAAUGCCCCAGAUGCUGUGUAUUACAUGUAUGUUCUCACAACUCUGUGUGCCAUUGGUACAACAGGUUGCCCAGGAUCCAAGAGUGAUUUUGUGGAAGCAAGCCAGCUGCACAUCAAGCUUAAAAAAGUUGGAACAUUUGCCAACCGGUUUUGGAGAAUCAGAGAAUGGUUGGGCAAAGGUGAAGGUAUUAGGCGUCUUGUCAAUCAUGUACAACUAGGAGAGUGGAACAAAGAAGGACGCUUCUGGAAAGACUCAUCAAAACAUGAGCUCCUUCAGGUUUGCAGAGGAACAAUUCUGUCAUCUGUAGAGUUGUUUCGUGGGACCAUUGCCCUUGACACAAGCCACCUCAAAGGAAGUGACCCCAUCAAAGUCUUCUUUGUGCCCAAGUUCUCUGGAAUGUAUGGCAAAAGAUUUAAACAUCAGCAUGUUGAGUUUUACCUGGGAUUUAGCAUGACUCAUGGCUGUGAGGCAUACAAUGUUAAAGCUUUACAGGAAGUACCAUGUGGGUACUGCAAAUUGCCCACAGAAGUAUCAAGCUUGAGACCAAGGGUGUCCCAUUGCAAAAAAUGUAACAAUCCUGUGAGAUUGCCUGCAGCUGAAAAAAGCUGUCGUUCGGCAAAAAAUUAGUGCUUUGACAACCUGAAAGACUUUAUGGUAGUUUCUUUCACUUUUUUUAAGAUUAAGGACUGUGUGGUACCAUCUUUUUUAGUAGUAGGUUUCUGUCUGACCCUCUUGAAGCUAACUUCCCCUUUUAUUAUUCUGUUGGAAUGCCCAUUUCAUCUUGAAUUUCAUCUCAA